AUGGCUGGUGUUAAGUUUGCAUGCGUGGUUGUGUUGUGCUUAGUGGUGGCGGGUGCACACACUGCCCAAGGAAUUACGUGUGGAGAUGUUGACCGUGACCUAACACCGUGCAUAGGGUUCCUUCAGAAAGGUGGGGUUGUUCCCACAGGAUGCUGCAACGGGGUGAAGACCAUCCUCAACAGCGCCCGGACCACUGCUGAUCGCCGCGGCGUUUGCAACUGCUUGAAGACUGCUGCUGGCGCAGUUCGUGGUCUCAAUCCCAACAAUGCUCAGGCUCUCCCUGGGAAGUGUGGGGUCAACAUACCCUACAAGAUCAGCACCUCCACCAACUGUGCUAGAACACCUGGUAAUGGUAACUGCAAGUGA